UGUAUGGAACGAUUUCGCAUGUUUCCUUCUUUGUCCAGAUUCAAGAGAUCGACUCUUUUUCUCUCUCUUUCUAUAGAGUUUUUUUCAUUGAUUUUGAGAAAUCAGGAAUCAGGAUUGAGGAUUGAGGAGAGGUAAACAACUGAACAAUGUCAUCGAAAACAUCUAGGGUUGCGUUUCGUACAGUUAUAGUCGUGUUCAUCAUCCUCGCUCUCUUCUAUAUCGGUCGUCCACUCUACUGGAAGGUCACCGCCACUGUGCAAGAUAUUCGACAGAAGAAACAAACCGUCACACAAGGUCUUUCGCAGAUUGUGCACGAAGCUAGAAAAUCCGUAGGAUGGUUCCACGACGAGUUCGAUUCUGGCGCCGCGGCCAAUCGUAAAUUGCUUCGAUUCACUUGAACAACAGAUCACUUCAUUUAUUUUGGAUUAAUUGCAGGAGUUGCUUAUAGAAAGAGGCCAUAUAAUAUGAUUGGAAUGGCUGCAAAUUUUUCCUGCUGAAAAAAAAAGAUAUGAAUUGGAUCAAGUUCUCAUUUCUUAUACUGGUUUGCAUCUUCUUUUCCUUUGCUGUAGAGUUCAUUAUUACGCACAACACUGAUUUUCCAUGUGUUCGGUUUCGCAUAAUUCUUUGACUUUGUAUGGAAUUACUGAAUUUACACUGCAGGGUGGUAAAACUCAAAUUUGAACUCUUUGGUAUAAAGAAGGGUUUUGCUUUUUUUGUUCCUUAUAGAAAUGGAUACCUAAAAUGAGGGAUGAUUGACAAUGUCAUAUAGCAAGUGUUCUUAUAUUUUCUCCCAA